AUGUCAAGCAGGUACCGUGUAGAGUACCAUCUCAAGACUCACAGAAAGGACCAAUUCAUUGACUGGAUAAAGGGCCUUUUAGCGGUGCCAUUUGUUCUGCAUUCCGUAACAGCAGCCAGCACAGCUCGAGAAAAAUAUAAGAACGUCUUUAUCGAUAUAGAGAACUUGAUUGAGGAGAAGCGAAAGAUAGACUCUGAUGAAUCUUUGACCCAUGGUCUGCAUAUUUCUAGGUUAGACAGAUUAGUUCCUAGUAUUGGGCGUUUUUUUACUCCAUUGCCACUUGCAGAAGCUUUCUUGCAACAAGAUGAGAAGCGUGCUAUUAGUGCAAGAACUCUUGUGUCCCCGUCAUUUAAUGAUAUAAGACAAAUUUUGAAUACAGCUCAAAUAUUGCAGGUGGCUAGGUCCGGUGAGUUAAGAAUGCUCACUUUUGAUGGUGAUGUUACUAUAUAUGAGGAUGGAGGAUCCUUGGCACCAAAGGCCAAGAUUGUUACACGGCUAAUUCGCCUCUUAGAAAUGGGAUUAUACAUUGGUAUUGUAACUGCAGCAGGGUAUGAUGAUUCUGAAAAUUAUGAGCAGAGGCUAGUAGGGUUGAUUAAGGAAUUAGAGCAGUCUCCGCAUCUGUCGCUGGAGGUGAAGAAGAGAUUAUGCGUCAUGGGGGGGGAGUCCAAUUUCUUAUUUCAAUACGAUGAGGAAAAUAGUAGGGCUAAGUUCAAAAAAGUUUCUGAAUAUGAUUGGAUGCCGCAGGAACUACACGGAUGGGGCCAUGAAGAUAUCAAGGCCACUUUAGAUCUCGCUGAGACUACGUUUAAGAAACUAAAGCAAUCUUUGAAGCUUCCUCCAGAAACUACAAUUAUUCGUAAGAAUAGAGCAGUAGGCAUUGUUCCUGGACAACGCUGGGAUCCAGAAUUGCAGGAGUUCGUCAGAGUUACAAUACUCCGUGAAUCUCUCGAAGAAUUGGUUUUAUCCGUCAAAACCCAUCUUGAUGCAUUCCCACCCGCACAAAGAAUCAAAUACAGUUGCUUCGAUGGUGGAAGCGAUGUUUGGUGCGAUAUUGGCGGCAAAGAUUUGGGCAUACAGUCACUGCAGUAUUUUAAUGAUCCGCUAAAUCCAAUCAAACCCAAUGAAUCCCUGCACAUUGGCGAUCAAUUUGCCCCGGUUGGUUCAGCUAACGACUUCAAGGCUCGACUAUCAGGAUGCACAGUAUGGAUUUCCUCUCCACAGGAGACGUUAGAAACAUUGGAUGAAAUAAUCGCUAAUUGGAAAAAGAAUUAA